UUUUAUAGUAAACUAUAUCAGAGGUAGUUGGGGUGAAAGGGGAGGGUGGAUUACAGAUUAUAAAUACACAGGGGCUCCAUUUGGGUCACAGAGCUGGCAGAGAUUCUUUACACCUUCACUGAAGACUAUCAGGAUAUCAAGCUCCAUGAUGGACCACAACAUCUGAGAAAUUUGUUUAUUGUGGAUAAAUCAGAAUCAUCAAAACUAGCAGAAACAAGGAAGCCAUGAAUUCCCAAAUUGCAAAGAAAAAUCAAAGCCUCACCACAGCUGAGGAGAUGAGAAACCAAACCAAGCUUGUGAUGCAGCCAUAUGCCAACUGGGAGGAGUAUCUGACUCCUGCUCCACUCUCCAUAGCCAUCCUGGGAGAGUUGGUCUUCAUCUCCUCCACAACAGACUUCUCCAUCAACAAGAACCCACCUAAAGAUGGCUACAAGUACAUCAAAUACCCAGAUUCAUUUCGUGCCUGCCUCAUGCAGGUGUGUAACUCUGGCUGGUGGGCUUUCAACGAGGCCCAUAAGAACAUGGAUCAGAUUAGACUCCACACCAUGGCAGUUCCAGAUUACAUGAAGGUGGCUGUGAAGAUCCUGUUCCAAGACAAUGAUGACGUUGUUCAAGCUCACCUUCCUGAUCAGCUGGAGAACAUUCGUGUCAUUGCAGAUGACUGUCUUGAGUUGGCCAUUGCAACAGAAAAGCGGUUCACUGAUGUCAUCAAUAUUAUCCAGGAACUGCUGGAAGCAUGUGUAAAUGCUGAGCACUUUUAUGGGGAGGAGCUGGAUGCUAUCAAGAGGAAAUUGGAUGAGGCCAAGAUGAGGAAACAGUCAUCAGAAGAAGCUACUAAACGCUCAGAGAAAGCAAUGAAAGCCAUGGAAGAGCAACUUAAAGAAGCACAUGCAGGUUACAAAGAAGCAAUGGAUUCACUACCCGGUGGAUGGGAGAUGAUUGGUAUGGAUUUUGUUGCAGGCUUGACUGAGGGCAUCACAUCUCUUAUUAAUGGAGUAACAGCUGUGAUUACCCAGCCAGUGAAACUACUCUGUAAUGCUUCCAGAACAAUUGCUGAUACAAAGCAUCACAUUAAACAUAAAGAUUCUGCUGUUGAUGGUAUUGAUGUAAUUAAUAUUUAUAGCAAAUCUGCAGAAAUCCUGAUGUGCACAGUGAAUGUACAAGAGUUUGUGCAGGACAACACUAUUAACUGGAAAGACUUGUAUGAUCAGAAGAAUAAAGCUACAUUAACAGAUUUCCAGGCAGAUCAGUUCAAAAGAAUCAAGGAAUCUUUAAAAGAAAGCCCAAACUGCAAAGCAAAAACUUAUGCCCAAAACAUAUGUGAUGAGGGCAUUACAAUCUGUGCAGAACUAGCAAAGUAUGCACCAGAGGGGAAAUGUGAAGAAGCCAAAUCAAAUGAGCUGAUUGAAAGGAUCAGAAAAGUGACUGCAUCAGCUCGCAGUUUCGACAGCAAAAGUAAAGACGUCACAAAUUCUCCUUCCCUGGCUCCCAAACCACCAAUGAUGUAUAAAGAAGAAAGUAAAUCUGAGAAGAUGAGCGCUUCACAAAGAGCAUCAGAGAAUGCCAGGUUCCGCAUAGAGCAGAGCCGCGCUCAACUGGACAAGACCAGAGAGAUCUAUGAGAAAAGUGUAGAGAACAUGGAGAAGAACCAAAAGGAGCUGACUGAAAUCCUGAUCACCAUGAGGAACUGCGAGGUCAAAGAGAUAGACUUUAACACCACUAUACAAAUGCUGGUCAAAGGUAUGGAUGCCAUGGGGAGAGUGAAGGAGCAGUGGGAGAAGAUGGUGCGUUUCUUUCAGAUGGUGUCCAACAUCGUGAAAACCAGCCUGACAAGAACCCUUAAAGAUUUUGUGUCCACAUCUGAUAAAACACAUUCACUUCCCUAUAAUGCAAAGCUCUUCUCCAAAGACCUGCUCUACAAUCAAGCCUUUCAAGCCACUAACAUCGCCAGCCUCGUCCACAUGAUCUCAGCAACCUACUCUGAGGUUUCCACCAAGCACCUAAUGGAUCAUGUCAGCUCUCUGGGAAAACUGAUGGCCAUGGACAAGGAAAAGCCAGAGUUUCUUUCUGAGCGUCUGCAGUUACAGAGCUCCUGUGAUGAGGCCCAGAAAGCCAUCUUACGCCUUGUCCUCAAGAACAAGGAUGAGUUUGAAAGGAAGAGUGCUGCAAGACUGGAGAAGAUUGACAAAGAGUUGCUCGCUAUUCUCCCUGCUGCUGCUCCAGAAGAGAUAAAGAGCAUUCAAGCAGCUGUUAAAAGUGGAUUCACAGAGGAAGAGGAAGCAGACUACGCCUGAGUGAAUGAACAAAAAAAUUCUACUUGUCUACAAUUAUAUCCAGUGAAACACCUAAAGCACGAAACAAGUGUAAUAUAAUUAUCACGGUAUAACUAUUCAGGCACCUUGUAAAAUGUGUUUUUACAUACAUUGUUAAUUUCUUACAAUAAAGACUCUACAUAAUA